UGCAGUCCCAAGAUAGUUUAAGUACUAUAUUCUAGAUAAGGUCUAAGUAGUAGCUAAGAUGAUGGGUAUUAAUGCUUCAUGCUGCUAAUUUCUGCCAAUGGACACUGAUCAUAUUUUUAUUACACACUUGCAUUUUAUCCUGUGCAGAAAAUCACUUACUGAAAGGCAAUGGAGUGGCCAGAUCCCACUUCCAUAUUUUUGGUUUUUGUCCUGACUAUUAUAUUCAUUAUGAAAACUCAAAAAUUCUGGAAUAGCAGCUUCAGAGAGGAUUUCCCUCCUGGACCAACUCCUUUACCCAUCAUUGGAAAUCUGCAUAUAUUGGACCGGAAGAGGCCCUAUUGGACUCUGCUGGAGCUGUCAAAAAAAUAUGGCCCAGUCUUCAGCAUUCAGAUGGGAUGUCAGAAGAUGGUGGUGCUGUCCGGAUACAAGAUGGUGAAAGAGGCUCUUGUGAACCAGGCAGAUGCAUUUGCAGAGAGACCUAAAAUCCCAGUAUUUGAAGCUACUUCAAAAGGAUACGGGGUUAUUUUUUCUCACGGCAAUAACUGGAAAGUGAUGCGAAGAUUUACUCUCAUGACUUUACGAGACUUUGGCAUGGGGAAGAGGGUCAUAGAGGACCGGAUCGUGGAAGAGUCUGAAUUUCUAAUUAAGGAAAUUGAAUCUCGUAAAGGACAGCCCUUUGAGAUCACUACAGUUCUGACGGGGGCAGUUGCCAAUAUCAUUGUGUCCAUACUACUCGGAGAGCGGCUUGACUACAAAGACCCCACAUUGUUAAAACUACUAAGUCUGAUCAGUGAAAAUGCCAGGGUGCUUGGAAGUCCCUCUGUUACGCUAUAUAACAUAUUCCCAGCCCUGGGAUUUCUACUCAAGAAUUACAAGACAUUUUUGCGCAACACAAGUGAAAUGCAUUCUUUUAUACGGCUUACUUUUAUAGAAUGCCUCAAAGUUCUGGACAAAAAUGAUCAGAGAAGUUUUAUUGAUGCAUUCCUUGUAAGACAGCAGGAGGAGAAAAGUAAUGCCAAUGGAUAUUUCCAUAAUAGCAACUUAAUAGUCCUUGCGAACAAUUUGUUUGCGGCUGGCAUGGAAACCAGUUCCACCACCCUGCGCUGGGGACUUCUGCUCAUGAUGAAAUACCCCAAAAUUCAGAGCAAAGUCCAAGAAGAAAUUGCAAGCGUCAUAGGCUCAGCCCAGCCAAGAAUUGAACAUCGAACUAAAAUGCCGUAUACAGAUGCAGUUGUCCAUGAAAUUCAAAGGUUCGCCAAUAUCCUGCCCAUGAGCUUGCCUCAUGAGACUACUGAGGACGUUACUCUAAAAGGCUACUUUAUUCCCAAGGGUACUUACAUCAUCCCCUUACUGGCCUCUGUACUACGUGAUGAAUCUCAGUGGGAGAAACCAGAUACCUUCAACCCUGAGCAUUUUCUUGACUCCGAAGGGAAGUUUGUAAAGAAAGAAGCUUUCAUGCCUUUUUCAGCAGGUCGGAGAAUCUGUGCAGGUGAGAAUCUUGCCAAAAUGGAGCUCUUCCUCUUCUUUACAAGCCUCCUGCAAAGAUUCAGUUUCCAUCCUCCUCCUGGAGUUACCGCUUCAGAUCUGGACCUCACCCCAGCUAUUGGAAUAACCACACCCCCAAUGCCCUAUAAACUCUGUGCUGAGCCACGCUCUUAGAGCCCCUUGCCUUGGACCGGGUCUAACAACACUGAGAUAGUUAGUACCAUUGUACAGCUACAUUGGUCAGAAAAUCACACCUGUCAUAGUUACCAGGUAGCUGCAGCUUAUAUCAGAUGAAGAAUCUUUUUCAUUGUCUGCUUUGUGGUUGAGAGAGGUAGUUUGAGCAUCCUGGCAAAAGAACUCGUUUUACGAGCAUGCAUUGUGUCUCAGGUACAGGGCUUCACUAACAUAGUUACACUGGUCUAGCUAUCCCAGCAAAGCCUUUGAAGGUAGACUAACCCUUACUCAUGUGUAUCUUCAUCCCUCUCUCUGCCGACUCUGCAUGCACUGGUCUUUGGCUGUCAUAUGGUCCAUGAUUUGUUAGGGCCCCAUCCUACCUGAGUUAUACCACUGCUACACUACUGGCAGUGGUGGCUAAAACCCCAGACCCCUUUGAAUCGCUGGGACCUGGGUCAGUUACCCCCUUUGCUCCUCUCCCAUCUGCGGGCCUGCUAUCUAUGCAUGCAUUUCAUGAUACCAAUGGCCAGCCUGACACUGUUUUCAUGUAAAAUCUUCCAUAACACUCUUGGGUGAACUUGAGUGUACACACUGACAUCAGGCUUUGCUUGUAACCCCUUUUCCAGUUGACACUGUGUGGUUUUAGGGUCCCACAUCCAUACCAGACUCCUCUAUUGUUCCCCUCUCCCCCUCCAGUGUAGCCAGACAGAACCCCCCCUCCCUCCCUCUAACAUCCUUAGGAGAGAGAAUCCUUGAGAGCGAAACUCUGUCUUCAAAGGCUCCAGAGCCUCCAGAGGUGCUGGAAUAACAAUGGCCCUGGAUGCUAGACAGGAACCAGAUAACAGCGACAAUUGGGCCAGCAGGUGGUCAGGGGCCUAUGGCUGGUACCAGUAUUGAUAUGCCUACACACACCGUCCCAGAAGAGGAAUUGGCUACCCCAUCAGAAAAAGGAUGUCUGGCCCUAAUGAUUUAGUUACCUCCACCUCACAGGUGCAAAUUAAGCUUUGGACCCCCUAUAGGAAUGGGCCUCACAAAGACGUUCUAACUUAAUUGGCAUUUUAAUGACAAGAGAAGCAUCUACGUGACCACAGGGUAUAAAAUUUGUGCCCCACUCUAAUUGGAGAUCUACCCAUAUACUUUAACCCCAUAUACAGGUUUCAUGGUACCUGUAAGUGACUUUUUAUUGUAAUUUCUGUCUUGUCCUUUUGUAGUGGCUGUGUUAUCUGUAACAGCAGUAACAUUUAACAGC